GAUCACCCAGCCAGCAAGCAGGAGUCGGUUUGUCACAGCAGCUCCCAGCUCCGUUCAGAAUCGUUUCAACCCUCGUCGGAGCAACAGCAACAAUCCGGUACGCUCUCUCUCGUUGACUGUGCGGCACCGGUGUCGGUUCUUUUUGAAAAAGAGUUCAAAGAUUCGGUACGAGACUUGGAUUUGAUUUGCGGGUACACUGUCACCCUGGCAUAUCGGUUGCCGGUUCAGCUUUGAUUGAUUCGUGUCGAAUCCGGAAGAAGAAAGUGAAAGUGCUCUGCUGAUUUGAAUUGCGAACAAAAUACUGAAGAGAUGAUUUGAGGGGGAGAUCCAGCGUACAUCGGAAGAAAUUUAUUGUGCCUUUGGUGAAAGAUAUGAGACGGUUGUGACAAGGCGAAACAUUGAAAAAAAGCACGGAUUUAAGUGAAUUUGGAGUGAGAAGCAAACAGCGGUGUAAGCAAUUUAUUUUGCGGAAGAAUUUAAAACAAUAAGAAAAAUAGUGCGCAUACAAUUCCCACUGUGGAUACUAUACUGAAGUACAAAUUCAAAACAAUGGUUACCGGACUUGGAACGGCAGCCCAACAGGUUGGCGCUAUGCCGACCACCUCGCAGAUUCCAUCGGCUGAGCAGCCGGUGGUCAAACGAGCCAGCGAUAAUCGAAGAAGUAAUAAACCGAUUAUGGAAAAACGUCGUCGCGCUCGAAUCAACAACUGUUUGAACGAGCUGAAGACACUUAUUCUGGAUGCCAUGAAGAAAGACCCAGCUCGCCAUUCAAAAUUAGAAAAGGCGGACAUCCUAGAAAUGACAGUGAAGCACUUGGAAAAUUUGCAGCGACAGCAAAACGCUAUGUCUCAGGCGACUGAUCCGAAUGUUAUGAAUAAGUUCAAAGCUGGCUUCAAUGAGUGUGCUCAGGAGGUCAGUAGGUUCCCGGAUAUUGAUCCGAUGACUCGCCGGCGCUUGCUUGCUCAUCUGAGCAAUUGUAUUAACGGAGUCAAAUCUGACCUCACUAAGUCACGCCAAUCGGCAGUCCAAGUGCACAUUCUGCCGUCGCCUCCAAGUUCACCUGAGCAGGAUCAUCACCCGCAACCUCAUCCAGCCCAGAUCAACGCAGUUCAGACCGGUAAUGGAGUGUAUUUCACAAACAGCAUCGGCUCCAGCGUUCAGUUGAUCCCGACUAAACUUCCAAACGGAAGCCUGGCUUUCGUUCUGCCACAAGCCAUCCCUGCAGCGACCGCUCCUGUCCCAAUGCUAGUUCCGAUUCCCAGUAGAACUGCAUCAACUGGUUCAGCUGCAUCCAGUCAUUCGUCAUCGUCCGCGUACGAUCGCGUUCCCCGGGAACAUGCUACCUCGCCAUACCAUGCUCCACCAAGUCCAGCCAGUUCCAGCUAUGAACCCAUGGACUGCAAACCCUCAGUCUUCCAAGAGCAACAGCAAUACCUCCACUCGCAGCAGAUGCGGUACCAGCAACAGCAACCUCAGUCGCAAUCGAGAGCCUACAGCCCGGACAGUCCGUUAUCCUUGGUCAUGAAGAAACCCUACCAUGACCAAAACCAAGACGAUGACAAACCGUGGCGACCGUGGUAAUCUCAUCGUUCGCGAAAUCCGCACAUCGAGUCAUAAAACAAUUAGUACCUUAGCACCCCACCAGAGCUGUGCGGCAGCAUCCGGAAGUAUACACAAAUCGCCACGGCUCGUGUACACGAGCCGCACUGUACCGACUUAAUGCCGCCGUCGACUUCGUCAUCACCGUCGUCAAGCUCAUACAAAGUAGUGCCCGCCCUUCCGAUUUACGUUCAGCCAUAGCUACCGCCGACGAUUCACGUAAAUCAUCGAGUGCGCUGAAAUAGUUGAAAUAGCAUCGCUCUCACAGCUCAGCACCAUCGCGACUAGCCGACAACAAUGUAGAACCGAAAGAAGAGCGAGAGAGGGGGUGUGAGCAGCAGAGUCGCAGUGCGAGAGAACGUGGGGAAGACGAAACGCGCCAAAGGGUCACGGGUGUCGCACUUGCUUGUCGCUUUCCCACACUCAUUAUACGGCCCUGGCUCUAGCGCUCAGGCCCGACCAGAGUGUGUCUACGUGCUGUUGUGUGUGAAUGACUGUUCGGUGAAGAUCGUGCCAAUAGAACCUAGUGAGUGAUCGUGGAGGCGGGGAAUGACAAGCAACGAGUAGCAGAGCACUACAAAACUGUGAGCUUGCUACAAAGUGUUAGAUUGAAACCGCGCAAAGUGACUGAAACUGCGAGCAAGGCGAAGAAGGCGCGCACAACUGUCGACAGCAAGAAGACAAACCAAAAGAAGAAGAUCGCGGCACGAGGCAAAAUUUAUUUUUACUUUCGGGAGAAUAAAUUUUUAUCACUCUCAGCGUUCGGUGUGCGGUGGUCGGUACAGAGGCGGUGCGGUAAUUGUGCGCGCGUGUUUGCUUCAAGAAUGCAAUACACUAUUCUUCGUUCAAAAAACGUGUGGCCUACUGCGCUCAUCGAUCGACACCCUGCUCGGAUGACGCGUUCGGGUCGCUAGUCAUCUCCAUUUUUUACGGAGAUCCCACACACCUGGUGGUGGUUGCAUCUCACAAAGCACAAAUGCAUAAACAAAAUAAAGUAUAAGCGAAACCCACACAAACUCAGCUGCAAAGCCGGAGAAUUGGUGGAAUCCUGUUGCUGUGAAUAAUCUGUAAGGCUUUAGUGUGAUAAGCAAUAUAAAAAGUUACAAAACUAAAAUCGACGAGUUCAAAACUUUGCUAUAUUAGUAGACAAAACUGCAGUGAAUCCCAUAAAAUGCAAUCGCGCGGAAACCAUCUCACUGCGCCAGUAGUUAAAUUGUGUGCGUGCGUGCAUUGCAUUAGUCAAAGUCGAGGACCGCGAACAAUCAUGUGAUUAGCUUCUUGAAGUUUUAUUUUAAGAUCGCCCCAAUCCAUCUUUCGUUCAUUUAUCCUUCCUCAUCACUCUUUCGCUAUUUUUGUCUUUCAUUUAACUCAUCUCACCCAAAACCUCUUCUCAUUGUCCUGUAAAUAUUAUAAUUUUCGUAUAAGUUCAACACCCAGAACAUGCGAGCGCGACAAAAAUCACAAAAGUCUUCCAUUAGAUAGCUCUACGCUUGUGAUGUGUGGUGGUGAAAAGCCUACCCAGGGAAUCCCACAAUCAAUCACUUUACGCAUAAGAUCGCCAGUCAAUUACCUUUUUAUGUUAAAACUUUUAUUUCCACCGGAUUCGUUCGCGGUAGUCAUACACAAGUAGCCAUGAGUGAGAAAAGCGAAUAAAUUAUUCAUCAGAUCGUGUAAAUAGUUUUUUUUAGGAAUGGUAUUGUAUAUCAGACUAAGGAUCCAAGUUUCAAAACUGAAACGAUGGCAAGCAAAGCGAUAGGCAUUAUUAUUUAUACGAGGUGAAUACCACUACAAAUUUGAUAAUAAGAGAUAAGCAAUUUAAUUAUAACAGAUGUAUGAUGCAAAAAGAGCACGUUGUGAAAACACGACAAAAGAUAAUCUAUUUUAUAUGAUAGAGAAAAAAUAAAACUGAAAAGAAUUGAAAAUAUAAAAUAUUUUUAUGAAAAUUAAA